UAAUUUAUUUAGCUUAGUUUCAAGGUUUUGACUAUCUUAUAUUGGGAUUGCCGUCGCGAUAUUUCUCCUUUCCGCCGUGAAGUAUGUGUAAAGAAUUUUAUCUACAAUGACAUCUGGGUGGUAAUGAUCUUACAGCUGAAGGUACUACAUAUGUAUGUAACACCGUCGAUGCCAUUUGAAUCUACAGGACCUUUGAUCGAAAUAAAAACAGCUGGUGAAAGAUCGCUGUUGACUGGGCCGACUUUCGUCUUGUGUUUUUUACUCCUGUGCUGGGUCACCAGGAUGGAACCUUCAGGAUCUAAUCGUAUCACUCAAGCAACAAAUAACAAUGAUAUGCCUUCAACAUCAUCUGGUCCACCUUCUGAUGAAUUUCAACAAUUUAAAGGAACGACAGAAUAUCAAAUUAUGAUUUUGCAACGUAUGGUUCAAGAGGUAAGAAACAGUAGUCGUGUCGGAAAAGAACAAAUUGAAACAAUGAGUAAGGAAUUUGAUGCCUUGAAAACACAGUUGAAAACUACUGAAACACGGCUAGCACAAUUACAGAAAGUUGUUGCGGUCCAAACAGACAAUAAUACAAAAUUGAAACGAGAAACGACCGAAAAAGACAAUGCUAUCAAAACGAAAGUUGAUGGUUUUACACGAGAUAUAAAUGACUUAAAAGCAUCUGUGCAAACAAUAACACAAAAUUUAGCAGAACUUGAAAGAAAUCGAGGAUCAAGCACUGGAGGAGGAAGUUCUUCAGCUAAUAUACCAGAAAAUCUCACUCAAAUGUUGGAAGCUCUUGAAAGACAAUUGGGAAUGUAUGAUGUUAGAAUUGCUGAAAUGGACCUGAGAUUUCAGGUGCUUGAAACAACCAGUUACAAUGGAUGCCUGGUUUGGCGAAUCAGGGAUUAUGAACGCAGAAAAGAAGAUGCGAAAAGGGGUCGCACAUUAUCCUUGUAUUCACAACCUUUUUAUACAUCAAGAUAUGGAUACAAAAUGUGCACAAGGAUUUAUUUAAACGGAGAUGGCAUGGGUCACUUUGAUGCUGCUGGAUCAGGGCCCAGAUCGACGACAUUUGUCAGAUACUUUUCGUCCGGACCCUUCGUCGUCUUCGUUCAAGCGUCCAACAUCGGACAUGAACAUCGCAUCCGGAUGUCCAUUGUUUGUCUCUCACACAGUGGUCGACAACAGCACCUACGUGAAGGAGGACACCAUUUUUCUUCGCAUCGUGGUGGAUACCGGGGACUUGGAGAAUUUUUAGCUUUAAUGGGCCGAUUGCAUCGUGCUGUUUCCGCGGGUUUCACGCACUAUUUUUCGAAUCGGCAAAAUUGGCUUUUUACAGAAUUCCAUUUGGCUGGCGAAUUCUCACUCCAACGACGCGCGUUGGAAUGGGGAUCUGCCAGAAAAAGUCGAAUACAGAUGCGGCGACUAAGUGCAUUUCAAAUUCUGUUAGCUUUCUUGUAUAUGGACCAUACUAUUUUAUGGCAAGGUUCGUAACAAUGACCUUUUUUUUCUUCAAAUUUGCAAUCAUAGAAUUUUGUCUCAAUUUUUUUAUUUGCAUUUGUAUAUUUUUUCCUCCGAUUCGAAAAUUAUUGUUGAACCGUAUCUUAAUGCGCUCCUCCGCCUGUUGACGUGGUUGCGCUGUAGCUGUGGUCCGAUGGUAAGUCUCAAUUAUUGAAUAUUUUUAGGUCGGAAUUGUGUGCAUUUUGGGGAUUGAAUCGUUAACGCGGCAAUGAAAGGUAUCGAAAAUUAAAUCUAUUUUAACUGUCUUUUAAGUGGACUUUAUUUAAUCGAGGUAGUUUGGAUUAGUCGGUUCAUGCAUUUCAGUUGUAGUGUGAACAUCAAUUAUUUUCUAGUUAAUUCUAAUAGAAAUCGUAGAACAGUGGUUCCCAACAGUGGGGGCCGCAAUGCUAGGCACAAAACUGAUUUUACUUUUCCCUUCAUAAGAUAACUGUUUUUCCUAGUUUCAUUGUUUGAUAAGGUUAUUUGACAGGGUAUUUUCACUUUGUUGAGAAUUAAUUGUUUGAACAUAAUGUGAUUUGUAGUCUACCAGUCAAAAUAACAUUAAAAAUACCACUGGGGUGAUAAACGGAAAAAAGCUUGGGAACCGCUGCAGUAAAAUAUCUGUGUUAUUCUAAUCGCACGGUCCGCUCACUCUUUAAAAAAUUAGAUUAAUUUUCGAUAUUUCCUAAAUGUUUGAUAAGACUAAAAUCGAGAUGAGGAUGCGCAUUCGGUUCGGUCCGCGGAACAGCACGAUUUCGGCCCAGAUAAAGCAAAAGCAAAAAAAGACUUGUGUAUGUAAAUGCUAACUAUGUAUUGGAGUCGUACUGUACAGGCAACGCACCGAUUGUUCAGCUCUAUAUUGCUAUUGUUAAUUAGUAUAACAACACACUAGAUUCUGUUAUGAUUAUUUGGCUCCGUUUCAUUCAGAACCUUAUGAUAUCAAUUCUUAUGGUCGUUGGGAUGCUAUUUCGCUAUUUCAACAGCUAAUCAGUAGUGUAUUAUACAUAUCUGUUUUUUUCCUAUUAAUUAUAUUUGGAAAUUCAAGCCGAAUUUCGACAACUGUA